AUGCCCACAUCAAACAAGAAGGCGCUCACGCUAUGCCUGUUCCAGUCGCUCGCUGGAGUCAUCUUCGGUUGGGGAAACUCGGAGGGAGGUGUCCUGUUUAACAUGGACAACUUCAAGGAGCGUUUCGGCACCUGUGACGCCGCGGGCGUUUGUGCUCUUUCUACCACUCGCCAGAGUGCUUUCACCGGAUUGCUGUCUCUCGGUGCCAUCUUUGGCGCCGUCUGCGCUGGUACCAUUGCCGACAAGAUUGGUCUGCGUGUUACCUGCAUUCUCUUCAUCUGUAUCCACAUGAUUGGCGCUGCCAUUGAGACUUCGGGCAAGGUGUACGAGCAGAUUUACGUUGCUCGUGUGCUCCUUGGUCUUGGUAUCGGUGCCACCUCUGGUCUUGUUCCCGUUUUCCAGGCCGAGGCCAGCCCUCCCAAGUACCGUGGUCUUGUCACUGGAAGCUUCCAGCUCUGUGUCACCAUGGGUAUCUGGGGUGUCUCCAUGUGCGGCUGGGGUAUGUCGUCGUACAAGGGUGCCAUCAGCUGGCGCCUCACUUCGGGUCUUGCCAUGGCCUACGACGUCGGACUCCUUGUCGGUUUCAUCCUCAUGCCCGAGAGCCCCCGCUUCCUCGCCAAGAAGGGUCUCACGGACAAGGCCCGCAAGUCGCUCGCCAACCUCCGUGGUGUCCCCGUCGACUCUGCCGAGAUUGACGCCGAGUUCGCCGAGGUCGAGAUCAAGGCUGCCGAGGACAAGUCCCGCGGCGACGUCAGCUACAAGGAGUGCUUCAGCAUGAAGGACCGCAUCCUCUGGCGUGUCAUGAUCGGUGUCUGCGUUCAGAUCGGUCAGCAGAUCACCGGUAUCAACUUCUUCUUCUCGUACGGUGUUCAGUUCGCCCAGACCGCCGGCCUUUCCAACUCGUACAUCUUCCAGAUCAUCCUCGCCUCCGUCAACGUCGCCAUGUCGUUCCCUGGUAUCUUGCUGGUCGAGCGUGCCGGCCGUCGCCCCGUCCUCCUUUACGGUGCCGCCCUCAUGUUCGUCGGCCAGAUUGUCACCGGUUCCGUUUCCAAGGCCUACCCUGAGAGCAAGGUCGCCGGUGAUGUUCUUAUCGCCUUCACCUGUGUCUUCGUCGCCUCGUUCGCCGCUUCGUGGGGCCCUGUCGCCUGGGUUGUCUGUGGCGAGUCGUUCCCCAUCCGUCUCUCGUCGCGCUGCGUCACCAUCGCCACCGGUGCCAACUGGCUGAUGUCGCUCGUCAUUGCCUUUGCCGCCCCCCAGAUCCAGGCCCGUAUCGGUACCGGUAUCACCUUCGUCUGGGCCGGCUGCCUCGCCCUCACUUUCCUCUUCACCCUCUUCUGCGUCCCUGAGACCCGUGGCAUGUCCAUCGACGAGGUCGACGAGAUGUACCUCUCGCGCGUUCCCGCCUUCAAGACCAAGGGCAAGAAGGUCGACGACCUCACCCUCACCCGCACCAGCACCCAGACUGUCGCUGGCGAGGAGAGCGACAAGCACACAAAGUCGGCUAGCCACCACACUUAA